UUUCUUCAUAUUGUGUAGUUCCAUUGGCAUAAAUACAAAUUACUGUAUCAACACAACUUUUCAGAAUAAUUAAUGUGAGAACCAUUGUCAACCUACUUGGCCAUAUUGCCUCUGAUAAGAACAUCCACAAGACUACAAAACGUAAUUUUACAGCACCAUAAUAGCACACAAAAACAGCUGAUUUCAAUUUAGGUUAACUUGAAUAUUUACUUAUUACAUAUUUCAAAUAUCGUAAUAUUAGUUUUUAUGUCAAAUAACUAUAUAUAUAUUACAAAAAACAUAAAAUUAGUUUAAUACAUUCAAAAAAAUGAUGAAGAGCAUGACAUUUAUACAGUUAUUAAAAAUUAAUAAGUUUUGCCGACCGGCUUUGAUAAGGCCUUUCAGUGAUAAUAAUUCUGAUCAACCACAUCCAAUUAAAAGGACUUUAAAACUUUUGAGGAAUGAUAUGAGAAAAGUUAAAACGUUUUUCACUCCCUUUUUUGAAAAAAGACAUGAAGAUGUGGAGAAAAAUGUUGAAUCUUCAAACAGAAUGGAUGACAAAGAGUUUCAGACACAUUGUGAUGUUCUCAUAAUAGGCGGAGGAGGUGUUGGGUCAGCUGCUGCCUAUUGGUUGAAGAAAAAAGCUCGUCAAGGCUUAAAUGUUGUUGUUAUUGAAAAGGAUUUUGCGCAUUUAAAUACCAGGAAUUGCUUAACUUUACCUAUGGGAGGCUUGCGGCAGCAAUUUCUUUUACCUGAAAAUAUCGAAAUGGCACUUUACGGAGCAGAGUUUAUGAGGAAUGCAAAGGAAGAACUUGGUGUUGAUAUUAAGUUUGAUCCUCACGGAUUCCUUACACUGGCUUCUGCGGAAAAUGCGGAGACACUUAAAACGAUGUCGAAAAUACAAAAUGAAUUUGGCGCCCACACCGAAAUACUAACUCCAGAACGUCUAAAAGUAAAAUUUCCAUGGCUAAACCUUGAAGAUGUAGCAAUUGGUUGCCAAGGACUCGAAAAACAUGGAUGGUUUGAUUCGGCUAAUUUGUUAUUAGGUCUUAGGAGUAAAGCUAUGGAGUAUGGCGCACAUUUCAUACAAUCUGAAUUGAUAGACUUUAAAUUUCAAAAUCAACCAGAUGUUGUCAUUGAAGGAGAAUCUACAACCAGUACAUAUAAUGCUUUGCAAAAAGCAAUAGUCAAAAUGCCCAAUGGCGAAAUACGUUCUAUAAAAUUUUCGAUUUGUGUACUUGCUGCCGGCACAAGUUCAGAGAAAAUUGCUAAACUAGCGAAAAUAGGGACGAGUUCCGGAAUUUUACAAAUUCCUCUGCCAAUAAUCCAACGAAAUAAUUACGCUUACAUGUUCAACAGUGAUGAUAUCAAUGCAUCAGGUCUUGGUACACCAUGUGUGGUAGAUUUGAAUGGUCUAUACUUUCGAAGAGAUGGCCUAACUGGUAACUAUAUAACAGGUUUCAGUACGUCCACAGACACAAAAAAUGGGCUAAGCGAAAACAACUUUGAAACUAAGGUUUUGCCUUCUUUAAUGCAGAGGAUGAAAAUGUUGAAGAAACCAAAAGUUAUUGACGCUUGGGAGUAUUCUUAUGAGUAUAAUGUUUUUGAUGAAAAUGGUAUUAUUGGCCCACAUGCUUACUACAAUAAUCUGUAUAUUGCAAGUGGAUUUUCUGGUUUAGGCUUACAGCAAUCGCCUGCUGUGGGUAGAGCAAUUUCUGAACUAAUAAUCGAUGCACAAUUUCGAACUAUUGACUUAUCUAGACUUGCUUUCGAUCGAAUUAUUGUAGACAGGCCAAUUUUUGAACACGCUUUUAUGUGAAGAACAUACAUGCAUAUGCUGUUAUUUGUAAAUAAAUACUUACAUACAUAUAUGUAUUGUAUAUAACAUACAACAUAUAUAUAUAUAUAUAUAUAUAUAUAUAAUAUUUAUGCACAUAAAGUCUAAACACUUUUUAAUUAAUAAUUCUAAUGAAUGUAUUUUUUUUAAAUAAAAAAUACACAAAACUG